UCUUAUAGUUAUAGAGAUUUUUAUUUAUUACACUCAAACAAAGUUCUUAUUUCCAUAAAGAGAAUCAAAUUUAUAUUUUUGUAAGAUAUGAAUUUGUUUUUUAAUAAUUUUGUUGAUAUUUGUGGUUUGCUUUUGUCACUUCUCAUUCCAAACAAACAAAACCACAUUGCACAUAACACAUGACAUAACACACUUCUCACACACCCCUUUCUCUCUUUAACCCAACAACACAAUACUACUGCUAUGGUUGUGUAGUACCUUAGCAUCCACAACAAGUACAAAAACACCACUUCCAUAAUUUUUCUUCAUCUGGGUGUCUCUUACUUAUGCUCUUUUCUAUGUUCUACUUCUACACUUUACUUGUCACACACAACACAACACAAAACUCUGACACACCCACUAACCAGAUUACAAGGCACGAAGCUAAGCUGGAUUUGUGCACAGUAAGCAAGUGUUAUGGCAGGAGACCAUAGUUGAAGAAGCAACAUUGAGAGUUGGUGGUAGAAAAAUUGUUGAGUUCCUUAUUCAUUGGUGUGUGGAUUAAUUUGUAUCACUAGAUGGAUUGAAGAAGAAGCACCACAUUGGAUCAAUGUUAAAGGCAGUAUCAUUUGAACUGUUAUUAAUUUGCUUGCUACUUCUCACAUGUGUGUGUGCUACAACAGAUAAUGGUUUUCCUAGAUGUAACUGUGAUGAUGAGUCCAGCUUGUGGACUAUUGAGACCAUUCUUGAGUGCCAGAGAAUUGGUGAUUUUCUGAUUGCUGUGGCCUACUUCUCAAUCCCCAUUGAGCUUCUUUACUUUGUUAGUUGCUCAAACUUCCCUUUCAAAUGGGUCCUCUUUCAGUUCAUUGCUUUCAUUGUACUUUGUGGAAUGACACAUUUGUUGAAUGGUUGGACUUAUGGUCCCCACACUUUUCAACUCAUGGUGGCACUCACUGUCUUCAAAAUCCUCACUGCCUUGGUGUCAUGUGCAACUACCAUAACCCUCCUCACAUUGAUCCCUAUGCUGUUGAAAGUGAAGGUUAGAGAAUUGAUGCUGAAGAAAAAAACAUGGGAUCUUGGGAGGGAGGUUGGCAUCAUAAUGAGACAGAAGGAGGCUGCAAUGCAUGUGAGGAUGCUUACUCAAGAGAUUCGCAAGUCGUUGGAUAGGCAUAAGAUUCUCUACACCACCUUGGUUGAGCUGUCUAAGACACUUGGUUUGCAGAAUUGUGCAGUGUGGAUGCCGAAUGUUGAGAAAACCGAGAUGAACCUUACGCAUGAAUUGAAUGGGAGGAACGUUAACUGUUCUAUACCCAUUACUAAUCCAGAUGUUGUGAGAAUUAAGGGAAGUGAUGAAGUGAACAUAAUUGAUUCUGAUUCAGUACUUGCCACUACCAGCAGUGGAAUUUCUGGUGGGGCAGGACCAGUUGCUGCAAUCCGAAUGCCGAUGCUUCGUGUUUGCAAUUUCAAAGGGGGAACGCCGGAACUAAGGCAGACGUGUUAUGCCAUAUUGGUUUUGAUUCUUCCCAGUGAGGAGCCUAGAUCGUGGAGCGCUCAAGAGAUGGAGAUCAUUAAGGUGGUUGCUGAUCAGGUGGCUGUGGCUCUGUCUCACGCCUCCAUUCUUGAAGAGUCUCAGCUCAUGAGGGAGAAGUUGGAGGAGCAAAAUCGAGCUUUGCAAGUGGAGAAGAUGAAUGCUAUGAUGGCGAGCCAGGCGAGAGCUUCCUUUCAGAAGGUCAUGAGUAAUGGAAUGAGAAGGCCUAUGCACUCAAUUUUGGGGUUGCUUUCGAUAAUGCAGGAUGAGAAUUUGAUGAGUGAUCAGAAACUUAUUGUGAAUUCAAUGCUAAGGACCAGCACUGUAUUGUCAAACUUGAUAAAUGAUGCUAUGGACUACUCAGCAAGGGAUGAUGGAAGAUUCCCUUUGGAGAUGAAACCUUUUGGAUUGCAUGCCAUGGUGAAAGAGGCAGCUUGUCUUGCCAAGUGCAUGUGUGUUUAUAGGGGCUUUGGUUUUGUGGUUGAUGUUGAUAAGUCUUUGCCAGACAAUGUUAUAGGUGAUGAAAAGAGGGUUUUUCAGGUGAUUUUGCAUAUGGUUGGGAAUGCAAUAAAUGGUAGCCAUGGAGGAGGGGUUCUUGUAUUUCGAGUUUUUGCAGAAACUGGAAGUCAAGGAAGGAAUGACCAGGGGUGGACAGCCUGGAGACCAAGCUCUUCUAGCGGGGAUGUAAAUAUUAGAUUUGAAAUAGGGAUCAAUAAUGGUGAUCCUGAAUUGGAGAGUUCAGUUCCUUCAGGGCAGCUGGCGGGUACAAAUCGCAUGAGUGAUAAGGUUGAGGAAAGGUUGAGCUUUAGCAUUUGCAAGAGGAUAAUCCAGUUGAUGCAAGGGAACAUAUGGUUAGUACCAAAUGCUCAAGGUUUUCCUCAAGUCAUGGCCCUUUUUCUUCGGUUUCAACUGCGGCGGUCUAUUGCCGUAUCCAUCUCUGAACCUGGGGAAAAUUCUGAGCCAUCCAAUUCAAAUUCUUUCUUCAGAGGUCUGCAGGUCUUGUUGGCCGACAAUGACGAUGUAAAUAGAGCGGUGACGCAGAAGUUGCUUCAGAAACUAGGCUGUGUUGUGACUUCUGUUUCUUCAGGAUUGGAAUGCCUUAGUGUCAUUGGACCUGCUGGAUCUUCCUUUCAAGUCAUUCUUUUGGACCUUCACAUGCCUGAGCUUGAUGGAUUCGAAGUUGCAACGAGGAUUCGUAAGUUCAGAAGCCGGAAUUGGCCUGUGAUUGUUGCCUUGACUGCUAGCACAGAAGAUUUGUGGGAAAGAUGCAUGCAAAUUGGCAUGAAUGGAGUCAUAAGAAAGCCAGUUUUGUUGCAUGGGAUUGCUAGUGAACUCAGAAGAAUACUAUUGCAGGGAAAUAGUGCCAUGUGAGGACUCAUGCUGCAAGUUAAAGCACUUCAUCAUAUCAAGAAAUUAAGCUAUAAAAAAAUUUCAGUCACAUUUUCCAUAAAAUUUGGUAGCACACAGCUCUCUUUGGCUCCUAUUUUGCAGCAAUAUUUUAGCUUAGAGAUGUUGUAUUAUACCCCAACUUUCAUAAGAAAAUUAAAUGGCAUACAAAUUAGUUCCUUAAUUUCUUUCAAUAUGUUUCAUUUUGCUAGUGUCAUGUAUGUAGUUUCAAUUUUAUGCAUCAGGGUAUUCCAUAACAUUUGAA